AUGCAAAAGGAAUGGAAAGGUAUUCAUGACCUGAAAGAAGAGGAUCCAAACCGGUCCAACAAGAAUAGUAAUGCUGAAGACACUUCAAAGCUCUCCAUCUUGAGGUUGGACACGGAUGGGCUGGCGAGAACCCAUUCGGCUGCGACGCAAGGCCCCAAAGUUGUAAGAAUUUCUUACUUUAUACAUAUUUAGGUAUGUUAGGACUAGUAUAAGGUCGUAUAGGGUUGGAGAAGGUAGGGUAGGGCAGAUCAGUUGUUAGAAAGGGUGUGAAGGACAGGGUUGAGUAAGGCAGGGUAGAUAGGCUAAAUUAAGGAUUGUUAGAAGUGGUAAGGUAGGGUAGGGUAAGGUAGAGUAAGAUAGAGUACGGUACGAUAAUGCACGGCAAAGUAAGGUACAGUAGAGUAAGGUAAGGUAAAGUAAGGUCAGCUAGGGAAAACAAGGUAGAUAAUGUAAAGGUACAGUAAGACACGGUGAGCAGAAGUAGGGUAGGGUACAGUAAGUUCUAAGGUACGGUAGGGCUUAAAGUACAAUAAGGUAGGGUAGGCUAAGGUAGGGCAGGGUAGGGUAAGGUAGGGUAGGGUAGGGUAGGGUAGGGUAGGGUAGGGUAGGGUAGGGUAGGGUAGGGUAGGGUAGGGUAGGGUAGGGUAGGGUAGGGUAGGGUAGGGUACGGUACGAUACAAUACGAUACGGUAAGGUACGGUAGGGUAAGAUACGGUAGGGUAAAAUAAGGCAUCAGAGUUGGGUAGUUCAAAACGGGCUUCAAAAUUUUAAACGUAUUUUAUAAUUAAAAUCUCUUAUUCAGGCCCAUUCCCCAUCGAUGAAAGCCAACAUUACUGUGCCGAAACGUCGUUACUCAAUCAGUCGACAAGAUUCGUUGGAACAAAUGGAAAUGCCUAUUUUUCAGGUAUAGUCAUUUUGACAUUUUGCAAAAAAAAAAUUAUUCUUUUCCUCCACCCUACGUAUGAGCAUCAAGCCGGGCCUGGAUUUUAGCCCCAUCUCGUUUUUUAUUUUGCUCAAGCCCGUCCGGUUCUCAUUUCUAUUUUAGCCUUAUUUCUAAAUUUUAAUUUUUAUUCAAAAUUUUUAAAAAAUUUUAAAUUAAAAAAAAAUUUUUAAACAAAGUUGAACGUGGUCUCCCUGUGGAUUUUUUUCCUCCCCCCCCGCCACCAGACCAAAAGUCCCCGUCCGGGCCUGCCCACAAGCACAUAAAAGCAGGUUAAUGAGGGUAUUAGUAAAGGCAUUAAAAAUAGUCGUACACAGAAGUGUCACGCAAUGAAUGAAGUGAGUUCUAGUUGAAAACGACUACUUUCAUUGUAAACACCUUGUUUUUUUAAAGUAUUCAAUGCCGACAUAAAGAACCCGCCAUACUUUUUCUGUAAUUUCCUGUAAAAAAUGGCGGGUUCUUUAUGUCGGAACUUAAUAAAUACUAAUCCCUUUGAAUUUUAUUCAAAUUAUUUUCAAAAAAUAAUAGAUUUGCUUUCGUCCGAUCAUAAAAAGAAGAGUUUUGAGCGAUUUUUUUUCUUUUUCUAUUCAUACCUUAUUUGACAAACAUAGCAACUAAAAAUAUAGUGUUGCGGUAUGUUCUACAUGGGGUUAGUUUUUACUAUAUAAAAGGCUUCAUAGAGUUAUGCUUGGUGUAAAACAAUAAGACGUUAGGUUAAAAUACGUAAGGCAGGAUAUUUAAUAAAGCUAACAAGGAAAGUGCCCAACUUGCCUUGCUCUGAUUGAUUUCAACUUUUUUAUAUAAAAAUAUCAUUCACAGGGCCGGGCGGGGACUGUUGGUCUGGGGGGAGGGGGGGGUCUAAAAAAUCCGCAGGGGGGCCAAGUUCGAGCUUUUCCGCAAUUUUUUUGGGGGGGUUAAAAAAUUGAAUUUCCUACCAACUUGGCAUUGUGUUUCGUGCUUAUAACUUUGCCAUUUUUUAACUUUUUAUCAUUUUUUUUGCAUAUACUAGUAAAAAGCUUUGAAAUGAACCUAUAUUUUUAAAUUUGUAAGUGUAGCUUGUUUGGAAAGUCGAAAAAAGAGCUUGAAACACCAUGCCAAAUUUGCCAAAUUGGCGGGAAAUUCAAAUACUUCAUAUUUAAAACUCAAAAGCGCGAGCUAAAAUUUUUUAUGGGUACUGUUGGUGGUACAGAGAAUUCAUAUUAAAAUUUUGAGCUAAUUCUGAGCGGGGCAGGCUGGGUACUUUCCUUGUUAGGUACAGGAAAGACAGAGGGUUAAGGUACGUAAGGUAGGGUUUGUUGUAAAGCUAAUAUAUCACUACCUAGAAGCUAGUGGUUUAUAAAAACAAAAAAUAAGCUCCAGUAGACCCUUGAGCGACUGUUAAACAAAGAAACUACAAAAAAAACGUGUCCAUUUUGUUUAAAUUUAGCUAAAAGUCAAUCUUAGCCAUGAUUCAUAUCCGAGAAUUAGAUUAAGCGCCUUCUGUUUUUGUUUCUUUCAAUUUGUUUUUCUGACAAAAUUUGUUGACCUUAGGCUUAAAUGUAGUAGUAUGUUGUCAUACAUACCAUAUUUAGUAGCAUUUUAUCAUCAGGGCCGGGCAGGAAGGGGGAUGGACGGAAGGGGGGGGGGGAGAAAAAAAAUUUCGAAAAAUGUUGAACGUGGUCCCCCUGUGGAUUUUUGGAAAAAUUCCUUCGACUCCCGCCCCCAGACUAAAAGUCCCCGCCCGGCCCUGGUUGUCAUACAUAUUAAGUGUUGACAUAAAGAACCCGCCCUACUUUGUCUGUAAUUUAAUGUAAAAAAUGACGGGUUCUUUAUGUCGGCAUCCAAUAUUAGGCUGAACCAAAAGUAGCGGGAUACUUUUUAGUCGCAAAGUAAAUAAAGAAUAUCCCGCUACUUUUGGAACCUGGUAUAUAAUAGUAUGCAGGGUCGAGCGGGGACGUUUGGUCAGGGGGCGGGGGUGGGGUCGAAAAAUUUUUUCUAAAAAUCCACAGGGGGGACCACAUUCAACUUUUUUCGAUUUUUUUUUCAGGAGGGGGGAGGUUCUCCCAGCGCUCGGCCCUGGUAUAAUAGAAUGUUAUCAGAUUAGUUAUAUAUAGCAGUUCGUUAUCAAUUCGAAAAAUUUUAGGCAGACAUGCGACUACGAAAAGGGCCCAGUUCUCCCACGACAGUACUAUCCAUGGCUGGAUUGUUUGUUUGUGGUAUACUUAUGAUGCUCAGUGGGUUACUGGUGCUUAUACAGGUAAGAUGGGUUGGGUCAGGGUCGUAAUCGGAAUACUGUAGCUAGGGUAGGACAAAGGUAAUUGGAAUACUGUUGGUAAGAGUAGGGUAAGGUAAUUGGAAUAUUGUUAUAAAGUUAAUAUAAUCACAUUAUAGCAAAGCGAGACCCCCUUCGUAAUAACAGGAUCAAUCUUCUUAGCGACCGGUAGCCUAAUGUUGUUAAUAUGUUUGAUUUUACAACGGAAAAACUUGGUCAAGUACAUGUUGGACAUGAACAGAGACCUGUACUUCUUGAACAUGAGUGACAGUUACAUGUGGCGUCUUAUGUUCGACCAAAAACAAAGCGAUCUUCCGGUUCAAACGCAAUGA